AUGAGGACUCUGGUGGUUUUGUUCUUGGUGGCUGCAACCAGCGCUGAAGUCCUGGAGCGCUGUUCAUGGGCCCGGACACUGAGGGAUGCUGGGAUGGACGGUUACCGUGGCGUCAGCCUGGCCAACUGGGUUUGUCUGACCUACUGGGAGUCAAGGUACAACACCGGCGCCAUAAACCACAACAAAGAUGGAUCCACCGACUACGGCAUCUUUCAGAUCAACAGUCGCUAUUGGUGCACCGAUGGAACACGUUCAGCCAACGGAUGUAGAAUCCAGUGUAGCGAGCUUCUGACAAAUAACGUCGGCGUAGCGAUCAACUGCGCCAAACGCGUCGUCAGGGAUCCCCAAGGCAUCAAAGCCUGGGUGGCCUGGAAAGAUCACUGUCAGAACCGUGAUGUGAGUUCAUACAUCGCUGGAUGUGGACUUUAACCAACCAAAAAGAUAGCGUCUUCAGCAUAGUGAAGUUUUCCAUCUUCAGCUGUGGAUAUCUGAGACAUUUCCACUGUUUCUGUGUUGGAGCUGACAGAAGUAGAGCAUCCAGAGUUACUGAAACUAAUAAAGUCAAAUAAAGUCUUUA